AUGUGGUUUUGUGAUAGACCAAGACCUCAACAAAGAUUAGCUUUAGAAUUGGCAAAUUUAUUUGAAAUUAUUCCAUUGAAGAAUCUCUCAAAAUUCCAAAAAUCUUGGUGGGUUAUUAUAACAAAAGAAUGGAUUAAUAUUGAUCAUUGGAGAUUAGAUAAAUUUUUAAUGUUGAUUAGAUUCGUAUUGAAUUCAAUUUUUAAAAGAUUAAAUUCUGAAGAAUGGGAAAAAUCAAUUGUCGAGGAUUUUUUAACAAUCUUAAGAGAAGGUCCAUUAAGUGGUGAUAAAUCAAUUCCAACUGGUAUUCCAUUUCAUAUUAUUGAUAUUUAUAUUGAUGAAUUAGAAAAAGUUUUAUUCAAAGAUUUAAAAAAUGAUGAAGAAAGUGACGAAGAAGAAGAAGAUGAUAAAAUUCAAGAAAAACAAGAAAUAAUAAAUAAAACUCCAAUUGGUCAAUUAAUAACGGUUUUCCAAGAUUUAAGUGAAAAUGCUCCUUAUAAAACUCUUAGAGAAAAAAUUAAAGAUGAAAUUUUAAAUGAUGAUAGAUUGAAAAAUUGGGGUGUUAUAGAAAUUAUUGAUAAAAAAUUAAAAAAAUUAAAUAAAUCAAAUGAUGAAAGUGAAAGUGAUGAUGAAGAAGAAAAUGAUGAAGAUGAAGAAGAAGAAAGUGAAGAUGAAUGGAAUGGGUUUGAAUAA